AUGGGUAAACCCAAGUACAAGUCUCCAAGUACUAAAAAUUCACGUCUUAAUCGUUCGAUUCUAAAACACACCGAUCGCGAAUCAAGACUGCCGAAUGCACGAGCUGCAAAAAAAGAGGAACUCACCCAAAAAUAUGGUCUUCCGCCUGAUGCCAAAUUCCUUUUCUUCAAGAAGGGUCGUCGAUUUGGCCAAGCACGCCUCAGCUUAUCCUAUGGAACGGUGGUAUGCCUUGAUCUGGAUACAUCGGAACUCCUACUUGUGGUACAAUUUGUGGAGAAGGAUGAAAGGAAUCAAGAGCUCUUUCAACAGUACAAUCACUCUAUCAGUACCGUUUACCAGCAUGCCAAAGCUCGAGGUGAAAUUAAGAUCAACGCAGCAACAUACCGAGCAAGGAGACAAGGUCGUAAAUUUGGCAGGAUGCAUGCUGCAGGCUUUCGUCCGGGAUAUGAACCUGACGUAAAAGGAGGACAGUAUACGUGGAACGCAGCCACCGCCGCAGACCUUUACAAGAUGGAAGCCGACUUGAAGCGUCAAGACAACCUGCCACAAAUGGAAUCCUUUUUCGCCGAAAGAUUUAGUGGCCUCUCCUUAUCUGCCUUUGAAUCAAAUGCCACGAUUGCUGCAAGAGUCCAAGCUCCAUCUUGGGGUAACCAAUCAUUCUAUGUUUCACCCAACGCCAAAGUAUUUGGAUUGAAUAUCACUGUCACCUUUGACGAGUUUGCAAAUAAGAAGCAUAAAGAUCGAGAUGCAUCUAAAUAUGCAUUUGGUUUUUUUGGAUUAAUUGAUCGAAUUACCGGUGAUCUAUACCAACGAGGCUCGACAGCACCACAAGGUGAUACCAUUGGAUCCCGCUUUGUAUUGGACGACUACAACUUCGACGUUAAUCUAGAUGCCUGUGAUGGGGUCAUCGAGAUGGUGUGGAAUUCACAAGUUAACCAUCACACAACCCCAUCCAGAACUUAUAAUGCCAGUCGUGCACAAGUAUCUCCGGAGCAGGCUGAAAUAACAAGAUUUGCUUGCUCUUGUCAAAUUUCUCAAGCGCUGGUUGACCGAAUUGAUAAAGUGAGGUCUUUGCGUGCGGAGAUGUGUGAAGAAGACUGGAUCAAUUAUCAGGCCUCUGUUUUGACUGGUUACAAAGAACAGGCACAUAAAAAGAUGAAGGCUUUGGCUCUGAAAUUGGGAAUAUGGCGUGAUGACUUUUAG